AUGAAGCGUAGCAAUGUGUUCGGUGACUCUUCAGAUUCAGAGUCCGAUAGCGACCAGCCCGUUUCAACAAAAAAAGUGUUUAUUCCUCCGAAAGAAUCGGUAGUGGAGUCUAAACCGAAUCCUGAAGACACUCUGUCUAAACAAAAUGACUAUAUGACAUUUGUUCCCGCUAAAGAGAAAGUAUCUACGACAUCAACCUCAACUUAUACCUCCCAUGGGAUGAAGUACCACGAAAUCCAACAAACAAAAAGAGAAGAAGCCCUAAAGGUAUCUCUCUUUGAUAGCGAAACCAAAUCGGUUGGACUAUCUAUAAUGGAAAAAAUGGGAUUUAGGAUUGGUGACACCUUAGGUACUAUAGAUUAUAGCAAUGGAUCUGCCAGGGACGAGCCAAUUGCUGUGAAAGUGAGAAAGGAGAGACUAGGACUUGGUGCAGAACAAAAUGCUAAAGAUUUGGAGUCCCUAGAAUUGGAUUCAUAUAAGCUUCGAGUCAGUGACCAGAAGAAAGUGACCGAAUUUAGACGACAACUCUCAAAUGUCAUGAAACUUUGCUUUGAAAUCAGUGGUGAGGCUAAUAACUUGUACAGUAACUACGACCUCAGUAAGGUCAACGAGUUAUGGAGGCCGUAUGCUGUGAAACUAGUGGAGCAUGACAAUUCAGUCAAGAUCAGUCAGAGAAUAGGAAAUAAUAAGAUACAAACGGUACUGACUUCAGGCUUCGCUUCAAUCGACAACAUAGAAGACCCGGAGUCCGCCAUGAUUUCCCUUCUACAGUACUUGAGAAAAAAUCAUUUCUACUGCUUCUUCUGCGGAUGUAGCUACAGCGACGUAACUGAUCUUGAACAACAUUGUCCAGGGAUAUUUGCAGAUGAUCAUCAAAUCUAG